UUCAUCGCUCGCUCUCUCCAACCACAACACAUCGCCAUUUUCGCGUCGCGCUGAGGGGAUCAAGCCUAAGUAACUAGGUCACAAGACUGGGGCGAAAAAUACAGGGAGAAAUUUCAACCAACACCACGGAUUUCGUUCGUCAGUCGCCCCACUCCCAUCACAUCGACUGAGAGCAAAUGGUUGUGAUCGGUUGUCCCGCUCGAAUGAAGUAUUCAAGUGCAGGCCCGGGCUGAUGUGAGAAGCGAUCGCCUUUUUAACUGCGACUUAAACAUAAAUCAGAAUGAAAAGAGGGCAGAAAAGAGGAGAGCAGCAGGAGGACGGGUACAGUCCCAGCUCUGACCCCGGCCCCGGCCCUGGCCCUGGCUCUGGCUCACCUGAAUCCUGCAAGAGGCUCCGCCGAGAUGGUUCAGAGGAACCAGUGCAGGAACAGGGGAGCUGCAACUCAGAGGGCACAGCGGACUGGGGCUGUCUGCCUCAGGAAAUUCUGCUACAGGUUUUCCAGUACCUGCCCCUGUUGGAUCGGGCAUUCGCCUCACAAGUGUGCAGGAGCUGGAACCUAGCGUUUCACAUGCCUGAGCUCUGGAGGUGCUUCGAGUUUGAGCUCACUCAGCCAGCCACUUCCUACCUGAAAGCCACACACCCAGACCUCAUCAAACAGAUCAUCAAGAGACACUCCAACCAUCUGCAGUAUGUCAGCUUCAAGGUGGACAGCAGCACUGAGUCUGCAGAAGCGGCCUGUGAUAUCCUGUCUCAGCUGGUUAAUUGCUCACUGAAAACCCUGGGGCUCAUCUCCACGGCUCGUCCCAGCUUCAUGGAGCUGCCCAAGUCUCACUUCAUCUCAGCCCUGACAGUGGUGUUUGUCAACUCCAAGUCCCUGUCCUCUCUGAAGAUUGAUGACACACCAGUAGAUGACCCGUCACUCAAGGUUCUUGUGGCCAACAACAGUGACACGCUCAAACUGCUGAAGAUGAGUAGUUGCCCUCAUGUUUCACCUGCAGGAAUCCUUUGUGUAGCUGACCAAUGCCAUGGGCUGCGUGAGCUAGCCUUGAAUUACCACCUCCUGAGCGACGAGCUGCUGUUGGCUCUCUCAUCGGAGCGCCACGUCCAUCUAGAGCACCUGCGCAUUGAUGUGGUGAGUGAGAACCCCGGGCAGCAGUUUCACACCAUCAAGAAGAGCAGCUGGGAGGCCAUGGUGCGUCACUCACCCAAGUUCAACCUGGUUAUGUACUUCUUCCUGUAUGAGGACGAGUUCGGGCCGUUCUUCCGUGACGAGGUGCCAGUCACGCACCUGUACUUCGGCCGCUCUGUGAGCAAGGAGGUGCUGGGCCGUGUUGGCCUGACCUGCCCGCGCCUGGUGGAGCUGGUGGUGUGUGCCAACGGGCUGCGGCCUCUGGACGAAGAGCUGAUUCGCAUUGCCGAGCGCUGCCAGCACCUGUCAGCUAUCGGCCUGGGCGAAUGCGAGGUGUCUUGCAGCGCUUUCGUGGAGUUUGUGAAGAUGUGCGGUCGACGCCUCUCACAGCUCUCCAUCAUGGAGGAGGUCCUGGUUCCUGAUCACAAGUACGGCCUGGAUGAUAUCCACUGGGAGGUGUCCAAGCACCUUGGCCGUGUCUGGUUCCCCGAUAUGAUGCCCACCUGGUAGGGUACAGGUCUGUCAUCACUCAUACAGCCACCUUUCCAAAUGCAGGCCUUGCUCUCUGACAUAUUCACUCCUUUUGUAAGGACAUAAAGGGGAGGUAUUCCUGGAUAAAUGAUAAAAGCCCUUCAUUUAUCUGAAUUUCCAGUGUUUACUGGGGAUUUUUCAUUUUAAAUUUUGAGGAAUGGAAUUAAGAGAUGGCCAGGACAGUGCAGUUUUAAAUACAAAUGGGACAGUCACUACAAAAACAAAUUGGCCCUUUACACAAAUGGACUUUUAUAUGUGUGUUGUAUAUUGUCAUUUAAAGAGUCUGAAGGUUGCUUUGGUCUCUGCAAGCUACUCUACCGUCUAAUGGCCCUUCUGAAUAAUAUUUCACCAUAUUGUAUUUUCUGUAUAUAUGUAUGUUUAUUGUUUUUUUUUUUUGCUUUGCUUUCUUUGUUUCUGCUCAAUCUCUACACCAUUUUUCUUGAAAUACAACCUCUGGAACUGUAAGUGAUGGACAUUCUGUAUGAAUUACACAUUCACAACAAUACCACAUCAACAAGAUCUUAUCAGCAGGUGUAAGCAUCUGUCACUGCUUUCCAGUCAGCUCUAUCCAUUGGCAUUUCAUUACUGAUUUCAAUGGCUUUAGAUUUAAGUGUAGAUAAUUGUCUGUUUUUUAGAAAAAGACAUUCAGAAGCACUUGUAGAUUUACAAGGCGGAAGAGGGUAGCAUAGAAAUUCAAGCAAGAUUAUGAUCACUUAUAAUAUUUUUAGCUUCAGAGGCAUGCUUAAGCACUUUUUACUUAACCAAAUGAAGUAUGGCGUUGUUUUGUGGGAGUGUAGAGAUUAAUUAUUCAAGCUUAUAUAUUGUAUAUUUGAUACUGUGGGAAUAUUUCAGAUGGAAAUGAAUGUGGGCUUUGGGCCUAGUUGUUCUUGGGGCAGUUGUAACUAGGGCUGCAACAACGACUACUAAAUAAGAAUUUUCAUUGUCAAAUCAUACAUUUAGAGACUUAAACAUACAUACAUGUAAAGACUUAAACUUUUCACCAGGAUACUUUUUGGACAGCAUGACUUAAAAUGACAUAAUUUAAACCAGUCAGCAGAACUAAGCACAGUUAUCAAAGCCCUCCACCCUCCAACCAUAGUGCUACUGUGAAUAACACAGAUGAUGUCAAAAUAAUUAGUAAAAACAAUGUUAAUAACUGAUUUUUGGUGUCAUUGACUAGAAACAUAAAUGAAAGCUACAGGUUAUUCAUUUCAUAGAUAAAGCACUAUAGUGGAUUUUUUUCCUUUUUGUAACAUCAUUCUGCCUGCAGAGUGAAUGUCUCACAAAGUUCUGUUGAUGGAUAGAUUAAGCAGCUAGCAAACACAGCACGACAACCUCACUCAAACGUUGGACAUCAUCUCAGCUAGCCAUUCAUUAUCUACUGGUAGCUAGCUAAUGUUCCUAGUUAGCUUGUCAUCAGCUGGUACUAACAUGUUAGUAUUAAAAAGCACUUAAUGUACUGCCACUCCACCGCCAUUCCAUGCAAAUCUCCAUUGCCAAAUUAAAUGUUUAUACUUUUUGUUUUUGACCAUUGCAUUGUUUCAGUUGUUUCACUGAACAAGAAACUAAUAUUAUUGACUGUGCUCUUGUCUUAGUAAGUUCGUAGUAAGUCAUAAGGGUCUCGGUUUCAAUGCGCCAGUCAGUGAGUACAGUGUUGACUGAUGGCUUUUAAGAGCUGUGGUAGACCAAGAAUUAACAUGGAACGAUACAGGAAAAUGUGGUAAAGCCACACAGUUUCACCUGUUGCCAGUGUCAUAAUCGACUUAUUGCAAUUAGAAGCAGCAGUUGCUGAUUGCUGACAAAAUCGUUUGCUGCAGCCCUACCUGAAACACAUUCAAGACCGUAACAAGAAUAAUAAAGCAAGAAUAGCUGGGUAAUGAUGAAAGUACCUCCCUUUUGGCACGUUAAAGGCGCACUCCAGCCAAACUCAUCGCUGUAACUUCUUAAUCUUAAACAUGCCUAUUUGCCUCCUACAGCAAGAUUUUCUGGUUUAAUUAUUAGGAAAACCCCCCAUCUGACGAUGUAUCUCGAAGGUAGGAGGAACUUUGGAAAAAACAUCCACCUUAUUAAGUUGCUUUGAAAAAAACAUUCUUUGCUAGGUAGCUAUGUAGGAAGCCGGGUAGAUAACGGUACUGCUAGGAAGCUGAAUAUUGGUGUAUUUUUUUAUUUCUGUGCAGGGCUCAGUUUUAGACUGGAAUGCUGAAAUUUUUUAUUUAAAACCUAUUCAGAUUCAUCAUUGGACGUCCAGGCAUCCAGAAGGACAGAAGCAGAAACCCUAGAUUUGCUGUCUGUCUGCUCAUGCCUCGAAAGACCCCUGUAUUUUAUUAUUCUGUAUUAACAGAACAGUUGGACUUUAAAUGGGACAAGAAGGAAACACCCUGAUUGCUAUUUUUAUACGGUGCAUAAAUAUUUUAUUGUUUUAAGGUGUGAAAGGACUUACAAAUCCUUUCCGAGUGCUUUUCUGAGUAUACAGUACGACGGGGGUGCUGAUGAACAGGUUUUUUUUUUCCCCCCUUUGCUUCCUCAUCACCUGUCUGACAUGCUGAUUGCUCUCCCAUGUAAUUUAUUUGGAUUCUUUUUGUAUUUGGUUGUGGUUCAUUCACACAUGAUUGCUGUGUAUAAUUUCAGAGCUACACCUGUAUGAAAAUGCAUUUUUCUUGUAGAUAAGCUUUAUCCAGCAGCACAAAGGUGUGGCAUAGGUAGACAAAGAGCAGUAUCACAGGUAGCUAAUGUGUAUUCAGAGUUCAUAGUAGUCAUUCAGUUCUUCUGUGUCUCGAAUAUAUUUUUUCUUUUUCAUUUUUAGAAUUCUAACUUCCUUGUUCCUGAGACUUUAUUCUUUAACAGUACAGUACUCUACACUGAAUCACAGCGCUGACAGAGGCUCGCUGUCCAUUCGGAAAAUUGAAAGCUGGAGCGUUUCAGUUGUCCGAACUGUCCACAGUUCCCAUGUUCAUGUCUUCGGAAUCAGUCCUGAUGGAUAUUUCACAAGCAGGAGUUCUCUGUUUAGCCAGAUAACCCAAGUCUGAAGUCAAGCCUGUCCAUUAAGAAAGGAGCUAAGGGUCAUUCCUAUUGGAGAGUCAAUAACACUGGGCAGCAUUCUGGCUAAAUCCUGCUUUGUGAAAUAUUUAGAGGUUCUUUGGUCUUUUUUCUGCUGGUAAAAACAAACCUGUAGGGGGGGGGGGGUGCAAUAGAAAUGUUCUUUAGCUCUGCUGGACAGGCUUUAAGUUACCAGGCGAAUCGAGAAAUCCAAUUUUUGUUUGGUUUUCCCCAAAGCAGGAAAUAAAGACACUAAAGACACGCAAACAUAUCUGCUGAUUUACCAAGAACACAGGGCACCCUCAUAUCAAUGCAGAUUCUGUACAGUUUCUUUACAAGAAUAAUUAGAGAUUAAUAUUCUUUUCAAAUCACUCCCCCUGCACUUUAUAGACAAUUGUAUUCCAUAAAUGUACAUAAUAGUAUAAGAAAUGUUAUAUGAAUAUUGAUUAUUAUACUGAUUAUUUUUCUCCAUAGUAAGUGUAGUUUAACGUAAGCUUGUUCUGGAGCGCCACUCUGUUCUUUCAAGCUUUCUUUAAUAUCUUUGGCUUCAGUUCAAUGAGUGCUUUUAUGUAUUUAACCAGAAAAAAAGGCAUCCAAUGUUGUGGAAAAGUUUUUGUUGUCAUUUUGGAAUAAAUUUUUCGUGAAUGUAGAA